AUACGCAAGUUUGAAGACCGGACUUGAGGCUGAGGAGCAAUUACAAUUUCUGUAAAAUCCGAUUACGCAAUCAUACUUUGUCUCACAAUUGAGUUACCCUUUCUUGUGUAACGGUAUAAAAGCCAUGGCAUUCGAACCCGUAGUUUCCUUGAACGUCGCGAGAUGGAUUCUACUCCCCAGCCCACUGUUGUGUCUGCUCCCGGGAAAGUGCUGAUUGCUGGCGGGUAUCUUGUCCUGGAUCCUGCUUAUUCUGGCAUUGUAGUCUCCACUUCUUCGCGUUUCUACACUGUCAUACAAUCUUUGGCGGCUGGCACAACGAAUACAAUCCGAGUCCGGUCUCCUCAGUUCAAUGACUCGACGUGGAUGUACUCCCUUUCCUUCAGUUCUCCACCGAAAGUAGACGCGAAAGAAAACACGAGCAAGAACAAAUUCGUUCAUCUGGCCCUUCAGCAUACUAUAUCUCUUGCUUGCGAAGUUUGUGGAGUACCUGCCAUCCAGGAUCUGCUUACUAGAGGACUGGAUAUCGCUAUCGUCGGCGAUAAUGAUUUCUACUCGCAACGGGCGCAGUUAGCUGCUUUGAAUCUACCCAGAAAUUUGUCUUCUCUAGCUUCCAUCCAGCCAUUUUGUCCCCAAGGUGUCACCCUGUCCGAGGUUCACAAGACCGGGCUCGGGUCUUCCGCGGCCCUUAUCACUUCUUUGGUUUCUGGUUUACUCGUUCACCUCGGAGUGAUACCUGCAUCCGCACUUCUAGAAGAUCAAGGAAGGGAUAGACAACUCGCUCACAACCUUGCGCAGUUUAUCCACUGUUUGGCCCAAGGCAAGGUCGGAAGUGGUUUCGAUGUGUCUGCUGCCGUGUUUGGAAGCCAUUUGUACACUCGUUUCGAUCCCAGCGUCAUAGCUUCUCUUAUGGGAGGUGAUCCUAUGCAACCGAAAUCAUUGCUGCCCGUGGUUUCGCCGGACAAUACAUCAUGGAACCAUCGUAUCAGACCAUUCCAGCUUCCUCCCUUAACAAGGCUGAUGCUGGCUGAUGUCGAUGCUGGAAGUGACACUCCAUCCUUGAUCGGGAAAGUCCAGCAUUGGAGAAAGACUGAACCGGAAAAGGCAAAUGCUGUCUGGACUGCCAUCGACCAACUCAACCAGUCUCUAGCUUCUACGCUUUUACGUCUAUCAGCCUUCCAUUCUGAGAAUCCCGCUUGCUAUGCUUCUAUCGUGAAGUUCAUAUCUACGUUACAACCACUACAAUGGACGGCAGACCCUUCGCUCUCGGAAUUUGAAACCAAUGUUGCUGCCCACUUCUAUCAAGCUCACAAAAUAACACUGGAAAUUCGACGAAGCAUGAGAGAGAUGGGAGAACUCGCUGGUGCUCCAAUCGAACCUCCUGAACAGACCAAACUAUUAGACAAGUGUUGUUUCCAAGCAGGGGUGAUAGGAGGGGGUGUUCCAGGCGCGGGAGGGUACGAUGCCGUAUGGUUGCUGAUGUGUGAACCAGAACAAUGUAGACCUGAUCAGUGGCCUCGCGAGCGCAUCGAACACGUUUGGAGUAAUUAUACAGAACUGCACGUUUCCCCCCUUUCUGCAGUAGAAAGUAUGGCGAAGGGAGCUCGGUUAGAGAUUAUAGAUAAAAUCAAGGGAUUGCGAGAGGUAACCCAGACUUAAUUGAAGGUGUCGAAGGUGAGCUUCUAGUAAGUAAGUAACUAACAUAUAGUCCCAUUGGUCC